AUGGCUCGACAUCGAUUUUCAAAAGAAGAAAUUCUAAUUGGCCGUCGUUCAUUAUUAGCAUGGUAUGAUACAUAUAAACGAAAAUUACCUUGGCGAGAUUGGCAUGAUACAGAUUCAAAUGUGGUUGCCUAUCGAGUACUAGUCUCUGAAUUAAUGCUUCAACAAACUCAAGUUGCCACUGUUAUUCGAUAUUAUGAAACUUGGAUGAAACAAUGGCCAGAUAUCAAAGCGCUGGCUGAAGCUACUGAAGAUGAUGUUCUCAAAUGCUGGGCUGGUCUUGGCUAUUAUAACCGUGCAAGAAACUUACAUAAAUGUGCUCAUUUAAUUAUCAAUGAAUUUGAUGGUGAAUUUCCAAAAGAUUUGGAUAUAUUGAUUAAUCGACUACCAGGCGUUGGACGUUAUACAGCGGGUGCUGUUAGUUCAAUUGCAUUUAGUCAGCCAAAUCCAAUUCUUGAUGGUAAUGUUAUUCGUGUUUUAUCUCGUAUGCGAUGUAUUGGUAGUGAGUUAAAGAAAAAAUCUACAUCCGAUUUUCUAUGGUCUUUAGCAACUGAUAUUGUAUGUCCUGAACGACCGGGUGAUCUUAAUCAAAGUCUCAUGGAAUUAGGCGCUACAGUAUGCACACCACAAAGACCUAAAUGUGAUAUAUGUCCAGUUCAAAAUCAAUGUUUAGCAUAUUUACAACAAACUCGACAAAUGAUUGUUGAUAUUGAAGAGUGUGCAUCAAAUUGUUCGUUGUGUUUAAGAUCUGAAGAUAUGGAAUCUAAUCGUUCUCUUGUUGAAAAUUAUCCACGAAAAAAAGCCAAAACUAAACAACGAGACGAAACCUCAUUUGUUCUUAUUCUAUAUCGUUUAACUCAUCAACUUGAAUUUCUAAUGAUUAAACAAAAAAAAUCAGGUCUUCUAUCUGGUCUUUGGUCAUUUACAGAAAUCAAUACUUCAAAUGAUCUUGAUCACAUGAAUGAACAAACACGAAAAAAUUUUGUUAUCGAAGAAAUUCAACGUAUGACCGUAUUCGAUAAAACAAUCAAUGUUGAAAAUAUCAAAUUAGCUGGACAGUGCCGUCAUCUUUUCUCUCAUAUUGAUAAGCAAUAUAUUAUUUAUUAUGCUUAUUGUGAACACAAUGAUCUAUUAAUAACCACAAAACAAAUGCAGUGGUUCAAUGAAGAACAACUUCAAGCAUCAGCUAUUUCAACAGCUAUGAAAAAAGUAUUUAAUACAGCAUUACCUCAGAUUAAAUUGAAAACAACCAAUGGAAAAAAUGGUACCCUUGAUAAGUAUUUCAAGAAAAAAAAAUCGUAA